AUGUUGUUGAACCAAAUUUUUAUUGCGGGCCUUCUAUUCCAAUUGUCUGCCGCCCUUUUUGGACACAGUCACUCAUCAGCCAAUCUUUCAUAUGCUCCAGUAAGUGUGUCAUGUCCUGCUCAAAAAAUCUCUAGAGCUGCCAAUGGGGAAAUCAGUGAUCAAGAAAAAUCUUGGCUAGCCAAAAGACACGCCAAAUCUGAUCCAGCAUUGAGAGAUUUCUUGAAAUAUACUGCCAAAUUCUCUGAUGAAGAAAUCUUAAGAUCCAUACCAUCUAACGAAACCAUUAACAUUGGUCUUGCUCCAUCCGGUGGUAGUUUCCGUGCCAUGCUUACUGGGGCCGGCCAGCUUGCUGCGUUGGAUAACAGAACUGCCGGGGCAUUCGAACAUGGGUUGGGAGGGCUUUUCCAGGCCACCACUUACUUGGCUGGGCUUUCCGGAAGUGGUUGGCUCGUUGGUAGUUUAGCCAUGAGUGAUUACCCAUCGAUUGAUGAGAUUUUGGCUCAAAGAGAAAUCUGGGAUUUGGAGCACCCAUUCUUCAACUUGGAUGGGUUAAACGUCGGUGGUUCCAUGAGACAAUGGCAUCAUAUCGCCAACGAAGUUGAUGAAAAGAGACAAGCGGGUUUCAAUGUUUCCAUGACCGAUUAUUAUGCCAGAGCUUUGGCCAGACAAUUACUUCCAGCAUCCAAUGAUUAUUCCAUCAACGUCGGUUAUUCCAGCUUGAGAGAAACCGGUGCUGUUAGUGAUGGUGAUAUGCCUUUACCAAUUAUCCAAGCCAACGGUAGACCAGUGGAACAAGUCAUUACUUACCAAAACUCCACGGUUUUUGAAAUGAAUCCAUUCGAAUUUGGUACCUGGGAUCCAAGUGGGAAUACUUUUGUUGACAUGAAGUACUUGGGCUCGACUUUCAAAGAUGGCGAAGCUGAAAAAUGUGUCACCAAUUAUGACAAUGCCGGUUUCUUGAUUGGUGUCACUUCUUCAUUGUUUGAUAUGGUUAUGGAUGAUGCCGUGAUGUAUACUGCCAAGUUCAAGCCAUUGAGUAAAUUGUUACUGAAACUUUUUGCCCCGGUCAUGAAAAAGAAAGAGCACGUUGCAAUCGUUGAGCCAAACCCAUUCUUCCAAACUGAUAACGGCCACUCUCCAAACCUUAAAAAUGCGCAAGAUUUAUUUUUGGUCGAUGGUGGUGAAGAUCAACAAAAGAUUCCAUUGAUUCCAUUGGUUCAGCCAAAGAGAGAAGUCGAUAUUGUUUUCGCUUAUGAUUUGGGGGCCGAAUUGCCACAUUUCUGGCCUGGUGGCUCUUCUUUGACCAACACUUAUGAAAGACAAUUUCUUGAAAUUGGUGAAGGUUUCUCUGUUCCAUACGUUCCAGAUGACAAGACCAUGCAAGCUUUGAACUACACUCACAAACCGGUGUUCUUUGGUUGUGAUGCCAGAAAUUUGACAUCUUUGAGACACACCCCUCCAAUGAUCGUCUACACCGCCAACACUGAAUACACUUAUCCUUCUAACGCCCCAACUUACAAGUUCUCAUUUUCCGAAAAAGAUUUCAGAGGUCAUAUCACCAACGGGUUUGAAACCGCUACUAGAGGUAACUUGACUGACGAUUCUGAGUUUGCUACUUGUGUUGGUUGUGCGGUUGUCAGAAGAUCCCAAGAAAGAUUGGGAGUUGAACAAACUGAGCAAUGUAAACAAUGUUUCCAAAGAUACUGCUGGGAUGGGACUCUUGUCAACUAA